ACGGGUUUUUAGAUAUAAUUUUUAAAGAAAAACACAGGCUGAAUCAUGCACGUGGAUGGGCCGGGCUUAUUAAAGCGCAAAAGGCCAAAACCCAUCUGACAAAUUCAACCCCCUUACCCUACGCCUCCAUCUUCUUUUCUUUUAUUUUCGUGUCCUUUUUUGCUUUGGGCUGCUGCUGCUUUGUGAUAAAAAACGAUAUAUAAUUUAAAAUGGGCCCAUUCCUGACGGGAUAAGAGACGCUCACUGCACCGGCUGUCUUCAAUCCACGCCCACGCCCACGGCCAGCGCGCUGUCUCCACUCUAAAGCCGUUGCUGGCGGUCCAGCACUGGCGUUCACUCUUCACUACUUUUUUCUUAUCUUUUUAUUUUAAGAAGUACGAUAAUUUUGAACCCGAGGACCACUAAAACGACGUCGUUCUGGGUGUGCAAACAGGGCCCCCAGGUCUCGAAAACGCUCCGCCGAGUCCCCUCGCUCGCUUCACUUGCCGUCUACUCCUCGAAAUCCCCACCACCAGCCCGAUUCCGAGCCCUUUAAUCUUCUUUCUUCUUCACGCUGUGAAACCCUAACCCGAAUUCAUCCUUCUGUAAAUUAAUCAAUUGAUUCAAUCCUUUGUUCCACCCCCAACAAAUCGUGUGUUUGUUAUUUUCUUCUUCCCAAUUCAAUCAAGAUGAUGGGGGUAGAGAACCAGGGCUACAACGAAGCCCACCUCUACGCAUCCCCCGAAGAAAUGGAAAGCCUCGUCCUCGACGAUCGAUCCGACGCCACCAAAUCAUUGCCUGAAUCUCGCCACCCUUUGUCUCUGCCCUCCGCGGAGGAGCCCUCGCUUUCUUCUUCUUCUUCUUCUUCUUCUCCCUCUUUGAUGAACCCCAACUCCUCCCUCAACUCCUUUCUCGACCCUCCCUCCUACGCCGACGCCGUCUUCACUUCCUUCGACGAAUCCACGAAUGCCCACAUCAACGGCCGCGACGAAGCCCCCAAAACUCCGUCCACGUCCGACUUUUCCAGCUCCGAGAAUUUGAAGAUCUCCGUUUCCGACCCGCAGAAAGAGCAGGAGUUAUCCAAUUCGCUUGUCCCGGGCGGGAACACUUACUUUACCUAUUUGAUCACGACGAGGACCAACUUGCCGGAGUUUAACGGAUCCGAAUUCAGCGUUCGCCGGCGGUUCAAGGACGUCGUCACUUUGGCGGAUCGAUUGUCGGAGACGUACAGAGGGUUCUUCAUUCCGCCGAGGCCGGACAAGAAUGUGGUGGAGAGUCAAGUGAUGCAGAAGCAGGAGUUCGUGGAGCAGAGGCGAUUGGCACUGGAGAAGUACUUGCGGAGAUUAGCAACGCAUCCCGUGAUUAAGAAGAGUGAUGAACUGAGGCUAUUUUUGGAAAUACAGGGGAAGCUCCCAUUGCCCAGGACGACGGAUGUUGCGUCCAGGAUGCUGGACGGUGCGGUGAAGCUUCCGAAACAGUUAUUUGGGGAAGCAGCGAGUGUGGUGGACUUGCAGGAGGUCGUGCAGCCAGCGAAAGGGGGCAGAGAUUUAUUGAGGAUGUUCAGGGAAUUGAAGCAGUCUGUUACAAAUGAUUGGGGUGGGGCGAAACCGUCGGUUGUAGAGGAAGAUAAGGAGUUCUUGGAAAAGAAAGAGAAGUUGCAGGAUCUUGAGCAGCAACUAAGCAGUGUUUCUCAACAGGCUGAAUCACUUGUCAAAGCUCAGCAGGACAUUGGGGAGACAAUGGGAGAGCUGGGGUUGGCAUUUGUGAAACUGACCAAGUUCGAGACGGAUGAAGCUGUGUAUAACUCACAGAGAGUGCGGGCUUCUGACAUGAAAAAUGUGGCUACAGCUGCUGUUAAAGCGAGCAGACUGUAUCGGGAGUUGAAUGGACAAACUGUCAAACAUUUGGAUAAACUCCAUGAUUAUCUGGGGAUGAUGUUGGCUGUAAAUGGCGCAUUUGCAGACCGGUCAAGUGCUUUGCUGACUGUGCAGACUCUUGUAUCGGAGCUGUCUUCCUUGCAUUCUAGGAUUGAAAAGCUCGAAGUUGCAUCAUCAAAAAUAUUUGGAGGGGACAGGUCUAGGAUUCGCAAAAUAGAGGAGUUGAAAGAAGCCGUGAAAGUGACUGAGGAUGCUAAAUGCUGUGCAGUUAAAGAGUAUGAGCGGAUCAAGGAAAACAACCGUAAUGAACUUGAAAGGCUAGACCAGGAGAGGCGCGGUGAUUUCCUUAACAUGUUAAAAGGGUUUGUAUUUAAUCAGGUGGGAUACGCAGAGAAGAUGGCAGAUGUAUGGGAAAAGGUUGCAGAGGAAACAAGUGGCUAUGCCAAAGAUGGUGGUUGAAGCUCGUGGCUGUAAAAUGCUUUUGGUUUUGAUCCUUCUUCCCACUUCCUCUGUACUCAUUGAUGUACACUAGUUGGGAUUAGUGAGAUUCAUGAUACAAUCAACUUCAUGUGUCUGGAAAUGCAAUUGAAGAUUCUGUGCUGCCUGUUUACUUGGAUGCAGACCUCGGGGCUUGGGGAAAAUAAUGCAAGAGAGACAGCGCCAACAAUGGGACAGGCUGAGCAGGGAAUUCCAUGUGGAAACAGAAUUGGGGAGAAGAAAAAAAUGUCAGCAGAUAAGAGUCUGAUGUAGAGAUAGCUUAUUUAAAAGUACUCGGCAAUAAAAGUUAGCAGUCUGUUGUAGACAUUUUUCUAUAGUACCACUAUCUAUGUUGUGAAAAUGUUGCAGUUUCUGGUAUCUUGUUACAAUUUUCUGAUCCUAUUUUCCUUAGAUUGCUAUUCCGGACCUGUGGUCGGGAAAUCCUCUCCCUCCCUUUUAUUACAGAAUCAUAUGUAGUUAAUUUCUCUGUUUAUCAUCAUUUUUUUACUCUUUAAAACCCAUUAGAUUGUGUUUGGGGAUGUGAAAAACACGUAUGUUUCAAAUGCAUGUACUUCGAAUUCAAGAUUUACGAAGUUAUUGUUCAGGAAUGAAUUAAAAUGCAUGUACUUGCAGA